UCCUAAAAAAAAAAUAGGAAGUGGGAGGAAGAAAUGAGAAUUGAUGAUAAUGGAGAAAAAAAUUGUCGAGUAUUUGCAACUGAGCGAUGAGGUUGAAGAAGACGGCGGCGAGGCACAGCGACUGGAACUGGAAGAAGAGUUUUCACGGGAAGGAAGAAGCUUCUACGAGGUUUUUAGUCUCAGAGGAAUCCGAGUCAACCGGGUCGACCCGGGUUUCAUUUCCUGCUCCUUCAAGGUCCCUCUCCGUUUGACGGAUAGAGACAGGAAUCUAGCUAAUGGUGCGAUUGCGAAUCUUGUGGAUGAAGUUGGUGGAGCGCUUGUACAAAUCCAAGGCUUACCUCCUUGUGUUUCUGUGGACAUGUCUAUUGCAUUCCUUUCUCAAGCUAAGCUCGGUGAGGAGUUGGAGGUAACGUCGAGAUUGUUAGGCGAGAGAGGACGUUAUAAAGGAACACUUGUUGUAGUGAGAAACAAGAGGACCGGUGAGGUUAUAGCAGAAGGUCGACAUUCUUUGUUUGGCAGGCAAGCUAGUAAGCUCUGAGGUCUAAUCUUACUGUUAUAUCUAUUCAGUGAUAAGGUUAUGUUUCUUUCACUGUUAUGUCUGUUUUCUGUUUUGUGUAAUCUUAAACCUUUGUAAAUAGCUUUAUAAAGAUGAGACCGAACCACCAUUCAGUAAAUUUGAUAUUUUUGUGAUGAUCAUAA